CGUUUGGCAAUAGUGAAGCUUUUGCUAGGGUUUCUCUCUCUUCUUCUUCUGUGUUUUCUGUUUCUUCUAGGGUUUUGGACCUACAACUUUUUUGGCUUAAAAUUUUACCAAUUUCGAUCUCUUACCUUCCAUUUUUUACCUUCCAUUUAUUUCAUGCCUACGAGAUUCGAGCCUCUGGGGAUUUGAUUGUUUCUUUUGAAGCCAAGUGAGGUUCUACUUUUGCUGCUGUUCUACUCUCUUGAAGGCUAUGCAGGAGAUUUUUUAUUUUUUAUUUGGCUGCUAGGGGAGAUCAUUAGAGAUUGACACUAUCUGUGAUGUUUGUGGAGAUAAUCCAUAAAGAAGAGGACGGAUUACUGUUACCAACAUGCAUUUCACUAAGCUUGACGAUUCUCCUAUGUUCCGUAAGCAGUUGCACUCUCUUGAGGAAAGUGCUGAAUCACUGAGGGAAAGAAGUUUAAAGUUUUACAAGGGUUCCCGAAAGUACACGGAAGGGCUUGGAGAGGGAUAUGAUGGGGACAUUGCUUUUGCUAGUUCUCUAGAAGCAUUCGGCGGAGGGCACAACGAUCCUAUCAGUGUGGCUUUUGGAGGUCCUGUGAUGACAAAAUUUACAAUUGCACUGCGGGAAAUAGGAACAUACAAGGAAGUUCUCAGGUCUCAGGUUGAGAACAUGCUGAAUGAUCGGCUACUACAGUUUGUCAAUAUGGAUUUGCAAGAUGUAAAGGAAGCAAGGAAACGUUUUGAUAAGGCUAGCCUUAUUUAUGACCAGGCUCGUGAAAAAUUUCUGUCCUUGAGGAAAGGUACCAAGAGUGAUGUAGCAAUAAUGCUGGAGGAGGAGCUCCACAAUGCAAGGACUGCAUUUGAGCAAGCUCGCUUUAGCCUGGUUACUGCUUUGUCAAAUGUUGAAGCUAAAAAGAGGUUUGAAUUUUUGGAAGCAGUUAGCGGAACAAUGGAUGCUCAUUUACGUUACUUCAAGCAGGGGUAUGAACUUUUGCAUCAAAUGGAGCCAUAUAUUAAUCAGGUCUUGACCUAUGCACAGCAAUCAAGAGAAAGGUCCAACUAUGAACAGGCUGCCCUUAAUGAAAGGAUGCAGGAGUAUAAAAGGCAGGUUGACAGAGAGAGCAAAUGGUCUUCAAAUGGUUCUCCUAUUGGCAAUGGCCUACAGGCUGUGGGGAGAAGUUCACACAAAAUGAUCGAGGCUGUCAUGCAGUCUGCUGCUAAGGGAAAGGUUCAAACUAUUAGACAAGGUUAUCUUUCAAAACGGUCUUCAAAUCUGAGAGGUGACUGGAAAAGAAGGUUUUUUGUUCUUGAUAGCAGAGGAAUGCUUUACUAUUAUCGCAAGCAGACAAGCAAACCAUCUGGAUCUGGCACCCAACUUUCAGGUCAGAGGAAUAGUUCUGAAUUUGGCUCUGGACUUCUCAGUCGUUGGCUUUCUUCUUCACAUCACAAUGGUGGUGGUGGAGUACAUGAUGAAAAAUCUGUUGCUCAUCAUACUGUGAACCUAUUAACUUCCACAAUUAAAGUUGAUGCUGAUCAGACAGACCUGAGAUUUUGCUUCAGGAUUAUAUCACCAACAAAGAAUUACACUUUGCAGGCAGAAAGCGCCUUAGAUCAAAUGGAUUGGAUUGAGAAAAUAACUGGAGUGAUCGCUUCAUUACUAAGCUCGCAGGCUCCUGAACGGUGUUUGUCUAUCAGCCCCAUGGGAAGUGGUCAUCAUCGGUCCAUUAGUGAAAGUAGUUCAUUUGAGAGUUCAGACUUUGAUCAUACAACAACAGAUGAUUACACAUCUGAAAGACCAUUAAGAGCUUCACUUCUGCAACGCCAUUGUCCUAAAACUGAGAAGCCAAUCGAAGUGUUGCAGAAAGUAUGUGGCAAUGAAAAGUGUGCUGAUUGUGGAGCCCCUGAGCCAGACUGGGCCUCCUUAAAUCUUGGGGUUCUUGUCUGUAUCGAAUGUUCAGGUGUGCACCGUAACAUGGGUGUGCACGUAUCAAAGGUAAGAUCAUUGACACUUGAUGUUAAAGUGUGGGAGCCUUCUGUGAUAAAUUUGUUUCAGUCCCUGGGCAAUACUUUUGCUAACUCAGUAUGGGAGGAAUUAAUGCAAUCAAGAAGUGGAUUUUCCAAGGAGCUUACCCUGACGAGUUCUCAUAGAUCUGAUAAACAACAACAGCACUUCAUAAGCAAGCCAAGUUAUUCUGAUUCCAUUUCAAUGAAGGAGAGAUUCAUUCAUGCAAAGUACGCUGAUAAGAUCUUUGUGCGGAAACAAAAAGACAAUCAUGCAACAGCUCAACAGAUGUGGGAUGCUGUAUGCAAUAACGACAAGAAAGCUGUGUACCGACUAAUAGUCUGUUCUGAGGCAGACGUGAAUACAGUUUACGAGCCAGCAUCUUGUGAAACAUUAACACUUGAGAAAGUAAUGCUCUUGCAAGACCACAACAAGCUGAAUCCCGAAUUUUGUAUCCUAACUGGCGAAACAUCAGAGACCUCCUCAUUCAGCUAUACUAUAGGGGUUACAAGUGAAGGCGAAGAAUUGAGGGACGAACAUAAUGGAUGUUCCUUGCUUCACCUUGCUUGCGAAACUUCAGACAUUGGAAUGCUAGAGCUUCUCUUACAGUAUGGUGCAAAUAUAAAUGCAGUUGACUCCAGAGGUCAGACUCCACUCCAUUGUUGCAUUAUUGUGGGCAAUCCUUCCUUUGUGAAGCUUCUUUUGGCAAGAGGAGCAGAUCCACAGGCUGUUACCCGUGAAGGUAAAAACCCAUAUGAAAUUGCCAUUGAAUCAAACUUUAACGACAAUGAGAUUGUUUCGCUUUUGUCUGAUUCCAAUGGAUAGUAACUUAGGCAACAACUAUUAUUCGUGUAUAAUUAUUUUCCAUGAAGCCUUCUUCUUCUCUAUCUGGGUAUUUAAGUUUUAAGGGUUUUCUAAAAGGCAGUUGUAGGAAUUGGUUUCCAUGGAAUGUGUAGAGAAAGGAAUGGUAUGGUAUGGUAUGGUCUUUUGAGGUUAAAAAGAGCUUGUAUGAGUCGGGUCGGGUCUCUUAUGUAAUUUUGUUUCCCAUUUGUGUGUGUUUCGGGUAUUCAUGUUUUAAAUUAAUGGGGAGGAGGGGUUGAGAGUUUUCAAGCUCAUUAAAUUAUUUGUAUAUCGUGUGAAUCAGCUCUUAUGGUUAUAAAAAAAUUAUUAUAUUAUUUGA